GCCUGACACGCUGCCCCUAUCAUUGGUCGAGCGUGAGAAUCACACAUGGGUGGCUCCACUACGAAAAGAACCCAUGGAACCCAUGCACAACUGUCAUCCAGUUCUUUUCUAUAAUAAUCUAGGGGAGAGGCGUCGAGUUUGGUUUGCACUGCAUCACUCUCGUUCAUUACUGUGUAAAUAAAUCAACAAUGGCUGGCGGCGUUUCGUUGAUAGGAUCGUGGAGUCUGGAGAUACUGGCCGUCAUCGGCUCUGCUGCGUGCCUCGCGGCACUGGCGGCUCUCCUGGUGGUCUACGACGGCCAGCCCAUCUUCACCUGGCAUGGGGUCACGCUAAACUCCAUCGUUUCCGUCCUGUCCACCGCCAGCAAGGCCGCCUUGCUGUUUGCCGUUGGCGAACUGAUCAGCCAGUGGAAAUGGAUAUUAUUCACCGACCGCGCAAGGCCGUUGAUGGACUUUGAGCGGAUCGAUGCUGCCAGUCGGGGCUUGCUUGGAAGCCUGCGGGUGAUGUGGACCUGCAAGAAGGCUUGGAUUCUCCGCCUAGGUGCUCUUGUUAUUUUGUUGGAUGUCGCGGUCGACCCUUUCUCGCAACAGCUGGUUCAGUUGAGGCAAGACCUGGUGUACAAUCAAGACAAUGAGGCCGUUAUCUCAAGGGCAGAAAGAUACUCCAGAGGUGUCUGGUUUCGUGAUCUAUUAGCCGCCAUUGAUUCAUCGCUGCCGACGGACACGAACGUGACGAUAGUCCGAAACGCAGACGCAGACUUCUCGAUGCAGUCGGCCAUACUCUUUGGGCUCGACCAACCACUCAAUAAUGUCGUUCAACAAGGCGCCUUCAGCUGUCCCACCGGAAACUGUACAUGGCCAGAAUAUGAAUCUCUUGCUAUCUGCAGCAGCUGCGUUGACAUCACCGAUAAGUUGGAGCGCCAUGCUUCAAACAUUGGUCUUUACGGCCUCCUAGCGAUCGACAAUCCCGCAUUGGCGGUCACCUUCGAAGGUAACACGGCAUUCAGGCUCCCCAAUGGCCUAUUCAUCGAAAACGACAACGGCUGGGUAUACAAUGAGGACAUAGACAAGGGUGCGAAUGACGGUGUCUUCGGAGCGGUCAUGAUGACAACACUCGGUACAGGCAAUGCCAGCAAGACGGUCAGCAUGCAGGACCUCGACACGUUGAUAUGGGCAAUGUCCAUGAUCCGGGUCACCGAGGACCCGACGAACUCGUCGGCAGCCUGGCCAAACCUACCACACUCAGCAACCGAGUGCGCACUUCACUACUGCAUCAACAGUUACUCUGCCGCGGUGAAAGACGGCAUAUUGCAAGAGAAUGUGACCAACGUGCAGGAAGCCACGAGAGCCCCCGAUUCAUGGCAGCCGGAAGACAACCUGUCUGACCCACUGAGAGACGAGAUUCUUUCCAGUAUAGAGUUCAACAGAUAUUGGUCGGGUUUCAAGCGGACAGACCUGAGCCUGGUCUCACCGGCUCACAACACGCGGUACAACAUCUCCCAGGCGGCAGUCAACGGGAUCGGGGCCUACUUCAACGGGACUUUCGCAGCAGGCCUCGAAGAAUUCGACGUGUCUGACGACAACUACACGACCGCGUGGCAGCUGAACGGGUACUACCUGAGCACCGGCCAGGUCCAGUUCACCCCGAGCACGAUGCAGGUGCUCUUCUCGGCCGAUGACCUGAACGACACCUUCACCAGCCUGGCGACGAGCAUGAGCAACGCCCUCCGCUCCGGCUCGGACGCAGGUGUUGACGGGGCCAACAUGGAGCUUGUGGGCGAGAAGGGCGUCCUCACGACGUUUUACGACAUCCAGUGGCCGUGGAUCUCACUGCACUGCGCCAGCCUCCUGCUGGGAGUCCUAUUCUUUGUGCUGACGCUCGCCCGGAACCGCUCGGCUCCCGCGUGGAAGUCGAGCUCCCUGGCUGUGAUGGCCAGGGGAAAUCAGGUGCAGGAUGUUGUCCAUGGGGCGGAGUAUGUGAAGCAGAUGGAAGGGAGGGCCAAGACCAUGCGGGUGACGUUGAUCGAGAAGAAGCCUGGCCAGGGUGACCAGGUCGAAUACGAUCCCUUGCAGGUUCCAUACAGCGAGGUCAGGCGUGUUUCAAGCUGAAGAAACAGGCUUUUAUUGCUUGAAAAAUUCAUAUAUUCUUUCCUCCUCAUACAAUCAAAAAGGUGUCUCUUGUAGGACGCCCCAAAUCGAUGUCACGUCGCCAGUGUUGCAGCUCAUUUAUGAGACCCAAUGAUGGACCAGCAUACAUGCAAGGAAAAUGCUCGGGUACCUUUGUGGAAGUGUUCGUGACUAAUUCCUGGCUUUUGACUCGAUGAUAUCCCGCAUCAAUCAUACAGACUUGGUAUGUGGAGUAAAUACUGUUGCGGAGUCCUGCUCUUUCACUGAUGUAUCGCAUUCUUCGAACAUGGCUCUGAAUUGAAACCCUAGUCACCGUUGGUUGGUAAUUCAUCAAAUCCAACGAUUAAAAUAACUACUAAGAGCAUAUUUCAAAU